GAACAUUGGCCACUGGUAUUGGUCACUUCUCUGCAGACUUCAUUUGAAUUUUGGAAGAUUGUACUUUGUGCGCUUGUUAGCUUGGUUUGGUUUAUUGUAUAAAGUUUGCUCUGAGAAAGAUAUCGUGGUGGACUGGCAUCCUCUGAAGACAGGGGUGCAGAAUGCAGGAUAUAAAACGAUAUCCUCUAUUAAGACAGGAAGCUUUUAAUGAUGAAAACCAAGAUCUAAACGAGAGUGAAGUAGAAACCUUUAUUCCUUUAGAUUACUCGAAGAGAAUUUACAUGAUCCACCCGGAUUUGAUCUGCAUUUUCAACACCAUUUCUCCGGACGAGUCAAAAGACCCAACUGCUGACGACAAGAGACACAAAUCGGCAGAGGACGCAUCCACGCCGGGCCGGCCUGUUGUUCUAGGGGGCAGCUUCCUUUUUAGCAACUCAUGCGACGGCUACAUCUCACCUACUUUAAUUGAAAAGUACGAGUCGUUAGUAAACGAUCGAAGCCUUGACAAAGAGAACCUGCCAAAUAACGAGGAUUGUUAUGAUGAGGAUUCGCUGACUGAGGAUGUAGGUGCGAACCAGGACAUCAUUUCUUUUGCUGCCGCUCCCUCUUGUAUUGAAUCGUCUGUAGAUAUGGAAUCGGCUGAGAAACCUCUUGAGAUUGAGACAGCAGACUUGACUAGCCCUUAUGUUUCCCCUAACAAGAAAGAUGUCAUCACAUUCUUCCUAACUGAGAUAGGCCGACAGAAGACAUUGGAAGAGGAGAAUGAGGCUGGGUCUGAUGGAUAUGUGCCUACAGAGACAGUAGGAGAGACGACCCCUGACUGUAAUACUUCUGAUGGAAGUAACAAAGAGAAUGAGUCGAACAACAAAGAUAUCAUCAGUUUCCUUCAGACUGAAACAAAGACCGAGACUCCCCGGAAGCUGAGAUAUUCUUUGUCAGUCCCACCCCCGAGAUCGCAAUCCGAUUUUCGAAAACCGUAUAUUUCCCUCAACUUUUCGGACAUCAUCUCCUUUUACAAUAGCGAAGAAAGUCUCCUUCAGGCAUACGAUACUGAACCGGUAAUAGCUCAAGACGAGCAAUGUUCAGAUGAAGCUGAAGCUGAUGAAGAGGAGCUCAAAUCCCCCAAAGAUGAGGAUACGUCCGUAAACAAUCCCGAUCAAUUCGUAUUCGAGAAUGAUCGUUCAGUAUCCGCUAGUACAGUACCCGUUAGUACUAUUGCGACUUCGACACCAAAACAUUCUUCUGGAAAGAGGAAAACACCGUUGAUGAUUCAUCAGGGAUCUGUCAUCUCAUUUUACAGUUCUGAAGAAAGCUUUUUGGAAGCUUUAGAAGUUUCGAAUGUGGAAGCAUCAGAUACCGAAGAUCCCCACGAAAUGCCCAGAACAGACGAUGUAAUACACAUAGAUUUGCCAGACAUUCAUUGUGAAGAUGACGCAAUCGAUACCCAAGACACUACCAACAGUGAUAUCAAAGUAUUUAGUAAUCGAAGUGAUCUACCCGAUAUACCUAGAUUACCUACCCACAAUAUUAUAGCUACAGCGCCAUCCCAUUCCCAAUCACAACCCGAGCUAAGGAAGAGCAACUCGGUACUGGUCGUCACUGAAGAGUUUCCAGAUAUAAUUUCGUUUUACAACCCUGGGGUUGAUGUUUCUGCUGUAACGAAGCAAGAGAUUGAAGACUCUAUAAGAAGAAGAGAGGAUUCAGCAUCGGUCGACACUGCUGAGUUUGGAACGAUAGAAUUGCCGAAGUCGAAUGACGGAAUGAGUGGACUUGAUAAAGAAGUUGCUACUGCGCCAGACCAGGAACCGUUUGUUGUCGUUGAUGACUCCAUUGAAGAAGAUAGCGAAAGCGAGACAAACCCCGACAAAUUUGUUUUCCAUAACGAUCGGUCGAAAACAUCAGAAAAACAUAUCUCUGCAACUUCGAAACUGAAAGGUCAGAUUGAGGAGAGACACACUCCAAUGAUGGUCCAUCAAGGAUCUGUCAUAACUUUCUACUGUAAUGAAUCCAGUUUCUUGGCUGCCAAAGAUUCACCUCAACAAGAGUCUUCUUCCGAAGCUGCUGAAGGAGAUAUAAACGGCAUGAUUUUUGACGUGACUGAAGAUGAUAUUGAAGGGAAUGAUAGCUCUGAAAACGCCGACAACUUUGACAUCAAAGUUUAUAGCAACACUGUUCUAGAUUCUGAUGAGAUUGUAAAUAGUUACAAGGGCACUACUGAAGAAAUUCGACCAGCCAUUUCAGAGAUACCUAUUCUGGAGGAGGCUCAAAUAGACGAAGGUCAAAUAGACGAAGCUCGAAUUGAAGAAGAUAAAAUCGAAGAAACUCAAAGUGAAGAAGGCCAAAGUGAAGAGAGUCAAAGCGAAAGAGCUGAAAUAGUGGACGCUCAAUUUUACGCAGCUCAAAGGGAAAUAAGCCAAAUUGAGAAAACUCGAAUUGUGAAAACUAGAAUUGUGCAACUGGAAGCUAACAUUUUAGGAGCUAAAGUUAUGGAAUCUCAAAUCGAUGAAGCUCAAAUCCAGAAACCUCAAAUUGAAGAACCUCAAGUCGAAGAAGCUCAAGUCGUAGAGAACCAAAUUGAAGAUGCUCAAAUCGAAGAAACUAAAAUCGAGGAAGCUCAAAUUGAAGAAGUUCAAACUGAAGAAGCUCAGAUUGAAGAAACUCAAAUCCAGGAACCUCAAAUUGAAGAAGCUCAAACUGAAGAAGCUCAAAUUAUAGAAGCUCAAAUUGAAGAAGUUCAAAUUGAAGAAGUUCAAAUUGAAGUAGUUCAAAUUGUAGAAGCUCAAAUUGAGGAAGCCAUAGUAAAACCAAAAGCAGAGGAGAUUCUUGAAGAUAUUCUUGAAGAACCUGAAGUCCUUGAGAAAAGUAAAAAAGAAGAUGAAGACCAGUUUGUCCAUAUCGUAGACAUGAAUUUCCGUGACUCUGAGGACGACAUGCCGGGCCUUGAGUCUAUCCCCGAUAGCAUCCAUGAGUCUGAUGAAUCCGAAAGACAGGAUUCUUUGGUUGUCGUUGAAGACUCUUUUAGCGAAGAUGGCAGAUCUAUCAGAAAGGUGCAAGAUAUUGAGAAUCUACCCAGCAUUGAAAGAGCAAUCGAUAUGAUAGAUGCGAUUGGAGGAGAUAUAGAAGUUAUUGAAGAUCUUGGUAUCGAUCUUCCUGAACCUCUAGACGAAGAUUUCUUAUACGAUGACGAUGAGUUUGAAAGAGACAUCACUGAGGAGAUAGAUUCUUUGAUCUCCGAAGCUGAGCUGCUGAUGGCUGCAAAUGAACCUGGUGACGACAAUUUGUUGGAUGAUUUGGAUAACUUCUUCGAUGAGGUUGAUGCCCCAGAAGAGCUUCUCCUUAGAGCAGAGCCAGACGAAGUGCCCCAACUUCAGAUGAGAAACGUGUCCCAAAAUGGUGAUCAGGAGGUGUCUCCACGAGAUUCAAGCUCUGAAUCGGCAAUAAUCAACUUUAUCACCGACAACAUGGAGAAGUACAUGGAAAAUACGCCUGACUUCUCCUUCAUAGCACCUCCACCGUACGACACAACAGCUGCUUCUGAAGCUGCUGAUGAUGAAAUCUCUGAGAUUGAUGAAGUGUUAGCGGGUAUUGAUGAACUACUGGAUGUUGAUGAUGACCCUGAUGUCCCGGGAUACGAGACUCCUGAACCUCCCUAUCCCUUCAGAGAUACUCCAACUCCUCAACCUACCACCCCUACUGUCACACGACAUCUACUCAGAACUACUAGCUUUGAUGCAGAUGGUGACAGUGACGAAGAGUACGACACUCUGUACGAAGCAUUGAACAAACCUAUACUGCCACCCAUACCGAGGGUGGUAUGUGAGGACGAGGACGAGGACGAUAUUAGACCAGCUAGAUCCCUCACGUCAUUCUCAGACUACACCCCUCAAGGAACCAGCAAGACCUCCCACCUUAUCAACUCUAAAAGCUGCGAUUAUGAUUCUGACGGAAUGGUAUUAUCAACAGGGCUGUUAUCAGAGAUUGUCCAACACCCACUAGCCGGACAGAGAGGCUCACUAGCCGGACAGAGAGGGUCUCUGAAACGCUCUGCUUCGUCUGGGGACCGUCCUGGACGACAAAGCGCGUACGCUGGUCUCCAUGGUACUCAACUCACGCCAUCUUCUUUCAACAAUGAUCCGAUCCUUGAAGCUCAACUGUUCUUCUUACAAAACAAUAUAGGUGGCUCAACCAGAGAGCUGCACGUGGAAGAGAGAGACGAGAGUGAAGAUGAGCAGUUAUCCCCGAUAUCAAGUCUGGCUCAGACUAUAUCAGAGAGGUUGUCAGCACAGCAUGGAGUAGGAGGGAGGCCUGGGAACAGAACGGUUAAACCCUCCGAUGUGGUCAAGAUUGACAAGCAGAUCUUCGGUGAACUACAAAAGAAGUUCAGCAAGCCAAAAGAUAAAAUGAGCUCCUUGCGAUCGAAAUACAAGAACCGAACGAAAGCAACUAACAAAUGGGUUCCAGUUCAAGUCAUACCUGAUCAGGUUGAUAUAAGCUACGAUGAGGUGAACCCAGUGGACGUUGAAGUCUUGAUCCCUGAUUUAACAGAACGGAGAACUCCGAUAGCGAAGCUAUUUAACGACACCUCCCCACCCCUAGCCAAGAGCCCCAGCCCUCCUAUGAGGAUGAUGUCUCCUCAUCCUAACGUGUUUAUACCUAUAGAACAGCUGGGUCCUCACCACAGAAAACCACUGUAUCCGUCUCCCAAGAUACUCAGAAAAGUUGCCAUGUUCGAGGGUAUGAAUCAAGUUGACAGCAGAAGAAGACCCAUCUCUCCGGGACCUGAGUCAAAGUACCUAGGGAGUGUAGAGAAUCUAGCUGAUCCAGGAGGAGAAAGCCAUGACUGCGAGUGUGCAACUCACCCUGGCAAACUAACAAAACAGAGCAGAAGUUGGGUUUCAACAGAUUCUGGCCUGUAUGAUGGAACUCUCAAACCAGUGAGUGCAAGAAAAACCCCAGAAAUGUUCCAGCCAACGUGGAAGAAGACCUCCCCCGACCCAGUGGAAGACCGUCCACGCUCCACCUCCCCCUACUGUCAGUCCUUCAGUGAGGCCGCAUUCGGAGUCAAUGGAAACUACGUGGACAACCACGUGCCCGACAGUGUCAGACACCCAAGCAGAGCGAGGAACCUAAGCAGUGACAGUAACAGAGAGAAUAAGAUGGUUCAGAGCAGCAUUGGUUCCCAGACUAAUACCCACGUGGACAGACUUGCUAGAUCCGGAUCAGCUGCCAGCCUUGCUGUCGUGAUGGCAAGUACAUUUCCUAACGGAGGCGAUCCUAACUUCGACUUGGCCGGAACCGCCGCAAAGAUCAGCCAAGUUUGCAAAUCGCUGAGCAACAGUCAAAGCGACGUCACAUCUUGCGGGGUAAAUCUAACACGAAGCCGAUCUGUCAACUCUGGCAUUGACGUGAUCCACAACUCGGAAGCGAAGCGGUCGUCUCGUCCCAUCUACUUUAACCGGAGCAACACCUCCACUGGUAUAAGGCUUAGGACAACUCCCGAAAACAGAGUUGGUCAACCAAUGAAGGCCAAAAAAGCGACCGCGACUUACAGAGAAGUGUUAAAACUGCAGGAGAAGCUGAAAGACGCGCAAGUUAUCUCUUACCAAGACUUGGUCAGGUGCCCCAGAAACAAGUUGCCGGCUCAUGUAGACAAGUUGCAACUUCAGAAAUACCUGAGUGACACAGAAUUCGUGGACGUGCUUAAAAUGCCUAAGGAGGAAUUCAACAAGCUAGCACCUUGGAAACAAGCUACAUUGAAGAAAAAUGUUUCACUUUACUAGGACCUAUAAAGAAACCGUUGAUCUCUGACGCUGAUGUAUCACCAUCGACUGGGGCAGAGGGUACCUCUGUUAAACUUAUUAGUUAAGUCCACAACCUCCUCGUUACGUAUAGUAACAGUAAUGCGUAUAUCUGAACUUUAUACGUUGCGUUGAGUUUUGAAGUUUUAGUAUAAAUAUAGUUAUACGCUCUAACAUUUAAGUUUAACUUUAAGUUUGUUAUAAUUUCGUUAAUUUAUGGAAUAUCGUUAAGUGCUCAUGACAAGCUUUCAACUUUAUAUAUUAAGAAAAUGUAUUUUGUGAUGUUGUAAAUAGUAACUUUACUUUGGAAACUUAUAGUAUUGAUUUAUGAUUUAUUGAACGGAAAGAAUAAAAGAGUGUUUUAAGUAUCAAAGGUCAAAUUCAAUAAUGCAUC